AUGAACAACAGCUCAUCGAGGCCCAGAAGCGUCAAUAAUUCCCCAAAGCUGGGAAGUCGAAGGCAACAAACACCAUCGCCACAAUCCAGCACGUCCUCUCAGAUGAGUGAGCCAGACGGGUUUUCGCCCAAUGGUAAAAGCAGUCUGCUGCCACAGUUGUUCACAUGUGCACAGCUGGACAUCAACGUAGCGAUGAACUAUGUGCUACAGAGAUUUUUCGAAAUGCAAGACGCACAAUUGGCACCAUCAUUGCGAGUGGUAGAUUUGGUGGUGGAGCAGACGUAUGCAGAGUCCCUAACGCUGCGGCAACUCAACGAUACGUUUUCCAACAAGCAGUAUCGGUACUUCAAUACGGUGUCACGCAGCAAACAGGUAUCGGGCUGUCCGGUGUUCUGCGUCGCGGUGUAUGCUGCCAGUCAAUGGGGAGGCCAUCCUGGCGGUACUCCCAUCCGGUUUGAAGAUUUUCAAAAUGUGCGACUGUUGGCAGACACCAGCAGCUUUGAAGCACUGGCGGCAAGCAGGGCAGCCGGCGUUUCACCGUCCUCACAGUCAGAACCGGCUACCGGGACCCUGACAAGCUCACCGGGCAAAAUCGUACGGAUUAUGGAACCACCAGAUGAACUACGAAACGAGGUUUUUCCCUGGCUCGACAAACUACAGCAGGAUUUGGAGACCAAAGACCGCACAAAUUACAAUUUGCAUACCCUGUGCGAGCUCUUUGAGUAUUUGGCUCGCGUGCUGAUCCAGGACCUUGCCUAUCUCAGCUGUACCAACGAACUGCCCUAUCUGCUGUCUAACGUUAUGGGAUACGUGCCCCGGCUGCGCAAGAACUUUGCAUUUAAGCAGUUCAAGAGUGAGAUGCAACGAAUGAUCAUUUCGCAAUCCAAAACCACCGAUUGGAAUGAUCAGGUUCUGCUGAGAGUAGAGGAAGGGUACAUAGACAUUUCACGGCGGUUCGCACUACAUAACCAGUUUCUCCAAGAGGAGCUCAGAUCGCUGCGACACGAGCUCAAAUCCGUGAAACAGGUUCUCACAGAGGUUGUGAACGCCCAACGGACUUUAGCUUCCAAUAGUGCGCACAAUAGCGUAGUUUUCCCAAACGCAUUGGGCGCAGGUGCCAAUGGAACUGACAAAAAUGGGCUGUCGUCGAAUUUUUUCAAUAACAUGGGCUCUGCGGGCGAAGAACAGGCGCAAAGAACACCAUCACUCGCACCUAUAAACAUGUUCCAUUCUCUCAGUGGUUCAGCCAUCCCAGAAUCUCAAAAAAGAAAACUCCCGCUGCCGAACCAAUCCGGGUUUUCACCCCCGUCUAUCGAUUCGCCGUUCAAGAGAUUCAGGUUUGACGAUCCAAAGGCUGGCACUCCUACUCACCAGCAAAUUUUGCAACAACAACAAUUACAACAACAGCUGCAACACCAAUCCCAAGCCGCCAACAUCAAUGUACCAUUGGAUUCGAUAUUGGCUCGCAAUACGGGGAGCCCAAGACUCGGGAUUUCAUCACUCACCAGCGCACCCGUGUCAUCACAGCUAUCACCCCAGUAUGGCAAUUCGCAGAUUUCAGGGCAAAGACCUUCUUCAGGGUCUUCUCCGAAUGGCAACGCCUCGCACGAAGUGCUCAAAUACAAGCUUUCGCGCGAGAACAAGACCGUAUGGGAUCUCUACAACGAAUGGUACGUUGGUCUCAACGGCGAUCCAUCUAUCAAGUAUCUCAUCGACACCUACGGCUGGAGACGUUGGAAAGUCGGCGAAGACUCGCAUUUUUUUCCAACGCGACGCAUCAUCAUCGAUUACAUCGAGCGCGAGGUUGACCGUGGCGUCCGUGCAGGCAGGUUCCUUAACACGGAUCGCGAAAGCAUGAGGAAAGUUAUCACAGAUGAUCUGGAAAAGUUUCGGGUGACUAACGGGCUCACCUUGAACAGCAUCUCUAUAUAUUUCAGGAACUUGACGCGCAAGAACACUGAGAUUUGCAUCUACGCCAAUUUUGAAGAUUGGGCUGUCUUGCAGAUAGACGAAGAUCAAAAAAACAAGUACUGCAAAAGACAGCACAAUUCUGGUUAG